AUGAAGGGUGUAUGUAUCAGACGAAAAAGCCCAUGUGCUAAUCUAAAGAUUGGUGAUCAUACCCACAGUCUAGUUGAUAUAUACACUGGAAAUUGUUGCUUCACUGUUCCAGAGAGGAGUUCUGAUGAAGAAAAACCCAGCUUUAUUCAUUCAACAACAAAAACAAAUUACCUCUUUCUCAACCUCAAUGUGGGAGGAAAACAGUUCCAGAUUGACUGUCACGCAGCAGCAAGAUACCCUGUCACUAGACUUGGAAGGAUGGCAACUUGUGUUGACCCAAUCAAGAGGCUGGACCUUUGUGAUGACUUUUCGGUGCAGAGGAAUGAAUAUUUUUUUGAUCGGGAUCCUACUGUUUUUUGUUAUAUUUUUCAUUUCUACCACAGUGGUAUUCUAUGGAUAAUGGAUGAGUUGUGCCCAGCUAACUUUCUUGAGGAAAUUGAAUACUGGGGCAUUCAUUUAAACUACACACAAAAAUGUUGUAGAAGUCUUUUUGAAGAACAUCAGGAUGAGAUGAAUGAGCAUCUUAAAAUACAGAGGGACCUUCAAGCUGAAAUUGAUUAUCUUGACCAUGAAAAGUACUUUGAAGGCAAGUGGUUUGGUGGUUUACGAAAAAAAAUUUGGAAUCUAGUAGAAAACCCCUACUCAUCCAUCCCAGCCAAAAUCAUAGCCAUUCUAUCCAGCAUUUUUGUUUUAGUCUCUGUUGUAACCAUGUGUCUAAGUACAGUAGAGGAACUAAAGCACAUGAAUCUUUAUGGUAAAUCCUAUAUGGAACACGUGGAAGCUAUCUGUGUCAUUUUUUUCACCACAGAAUAUGCCAUGAGAUUAUUAUCGGCUUCAGAUAUAAAAAGAUUCCUGAAAACAGUGCUGAAUAUUGUUGACCUGAUUGCUAUUUUGCCAUUUUAUAUUCAAGUCGUUUUUGAAAAAUUCUCAGAAGAUGCAGACAUACAUGUGCACCGUGACGAUAUUGAAAAAAUGGAACAAGUGGGACAGUUUGGAAAGGUGCUAAAAAUUAUCUGUCUAAUGCGCAUAUUUCGAAUAUUAAAACUGGCCCGUCAUUCCACAGGGCUCAGAGCCUUUGGUUUCACCAUCCGCCAAUGCUAUCAGCAAGUUUGUUGCUUAUUCUUGUUUAUUGCUAUGGGAGUGUUUACAUUCUCUGCUCUUAUGUAUUCUGUGGAACAUGAUAUACCUGGGACCAAUUUUACCAGCAUUCCUGAUGCUUGGUGGUGGGCAGCGGUAAGCAUUUCUACAGUAGGAUAUGGCGAUACAGUUCCCGAUACAGCUUUGGGACGUUUUGUAGCUUUCCUCUGUAUAUCUUUUGGAAUCAUCUUAAAUGGCAUGCCAAUAUCCAUACUCUACAACAGAUUUUCUGACUUCUAUGCAAAACUGAAAGCACAUGAAACUACAUGUGUUGCGAAACCAGGAACAGAAAUAAAGUUUAAAGAGAGAAUUGUUAAAAAGAUCACAACAUGCUUUCCUACACCGCAAAGAAUCCAUUGA